CAUGCUCCCAAGGGUAGAAGGGGUUUCAGGAAUUUUGGGAUGCAGACCUGACUGGCAUUCCUGGGCGCCUCGGCGCGAGUGGCGGUCGCUCAGGAGCAUUGCGAGCAAGGCAGGCGACUCGCGCACCGAGCCUCGGAGGAACGUGUUGGGGUCAGCUCGGCAGCAGAGAGGGCUUCGCUUCGGUGAGAACCGUCGAUCGGCUUGAACGCGUCGACCCGUCACCAGCGUGCGCGGCCGCAGCGGUGCUUCCCUCCCGAGAGCCGUGCGAUCGUCGCGUACCUCCACGUCACGCGUCGCUCGUUGCCUCGCGAGUUGACGCCGUCGCCUCCGCUCGCGCGCCAUCCAUCUGCUGCCGGCGAUCGUGCCUCAGGAGCAACGCACGUGCCUCGUUGUACCCGACCUUGGAGCAAGCCAGCCUUGGAGCAAGCCAGCCUUGGAGCAAGCCAGCCUUGGAGCAAGCCAGCCUUGGAGCAAGCCAGCCUUGGAGCAAGCCAGCCUUGGAGCAAGCCAGCCUUGGAGCAAGCCAGCCUUGGAGCAAGCCAGCCUUGGAGCAAGCCAGCCUUGGAGCAAGCCAGCCUUGGAGCAAGCCGGCCUUGGAGCAAGCCAGCCUUGGAGCAAGCCAGCCUUGGAGCAAGCCAGCCUAGGAGAGAGCCAGCCUUGGAGCAAGCCGUCCUUGGAGCAAGCCAGCCUUGGAGCAAGCCAGCCUUGGAGCAAGCCAGCUUGGAGCAAGCCGGCCUUGGAGCAAGCCGGCCUUGGAGCAAGCCGGCCUUGGAGCAAGCUGGCCUUGGAGCAACGGGUGCAGCAGAAAGGGACUUGGUUUGGCGAUGGGGCGGGAGGAUGGCGCGCGGAAGGAGUGCGACGACAGGGAAGAACGAGCGAACCAACUCAGUCGGCCCAGUAGUGAUGCCGGAGCUGAGCCCUUUAACGGGGAUGGCUCUCAGCGGCGUGGCAGCAAGCGGGCAGCUCGGG